GAGCGGCGCGUAGGCUCUUUUGCAGCCGCGGGGCCGGGAGGGAGAGCCCGUCCGCCGGUGACUCUGGCCGCGGCGGGCUGGAGGGGAGAGCGGCCUCGAAGGCAGCGGGUGCCGUCGGUGCCCGAGGCCAGCCUGCAAGCGCCUUAGGCAGGGAGAAAGGCGGCGCUGAACUUGCUGGUGGGGCUUUGCAGAGGCCGGACGGAACGAGCGAGGGAGGGGCUUCUUUGCGGCGUCCACCAAGGGAAAUGAAGGAAUGAACCCGACACGUGUAGCCUGAGGACCCUUCAGAAGUGAGAAGGCGUGCAAACAGUCUGCAUUUCGCGUCUCCAAGGGACGCAAGACGCGAUUGCAAUUCUUCCAACACCGCCGACUUUUUGAGUCUUGUGAAAAAGAACAAAGCUGAAAGAAGAGUCUCUUGGAGGAAUGACGCACCUCGAGACUCCCUUUAGCGGUUGAGUCUGUGCCCUGUGUCCCCCAACAAGCGCGCACCCCACCGCUCAAAAAGGGGGGUUGAUUACAGCUUCUGUGGACAAGAGAUGUGGGAUAUGGCAGGUAUAGAUAGAAAGAAAAAUGUUAGCACUGAGGCCGGAGAAGAAUGAAAUUUAGACCCUGAUAAUUGUGCUUAAGGUUAAAAAUAUCCCAAACAAGUACAGUGCCCCCGUCACAUGGCAGAGUUGGUGAGACCACCAGCCUCCUGCCAUAGCUGCCAAGUUAUCCCUUUUUUUAAGGGAAAUUCCCUUAUGCUGAAUAGGCUUCCUCGUGAGAAGAAGGAAAACUUGGCAGCUAUGCCUCCUGCCAGAGCAGUAACUAUGGAGUGAGGGGCCAGCCCGGGUUCUUUGCCCCAGGUUAAGCCUCUAGCAUGAAAUUGGGUCUUUGACCCGGGUGAAAUAAAGCCUAGUUUUGCCGCUGCCUCAUGGCACUGAUGAGCUAAUGAACAACUGCAGUGCGAUUAAAAAAAAACCUUAUCUCAAUUCAAGGCCACAGGUGAUAGAACCAAAUUUCAAAAUACUUCCUUCUCUGGGAAGAAUGUGCAACUAUGGAAAGCACUUGAUUAAACAUAUCCUCCUUGUUUCGUUGUUUAAGCUGAGUUCCCAUUGGCACCUUCGCCUCAGGCAGCAGUUUCUUAUAAGAUGGGAAUCCUGUGACACACACACACACACACGGAAGUUGUUGGACUAUAAUUCCCAUCAUUGCUGAUGCGGACCAUGUUGGCUGGCUUGAUCGGAGUUGGAGUCUCACAACGUCUGAGGGCCACAGGUUGCGUCUUCCUCUAAGAAGGCUUCCGAAAGUGGGGUAUCAGGAAACACAUUCAUUCCAUGACGUUUCUCCGUGUCUCCGUUCUGUUAAAAGAUAAGAGCUGGCAUGGGAAGCCUGUCGGCCUCUAGAUAAUUAUGGAGUCCAUCAUUAUCUGGAGAACCAGCCUUUUCCUACCCCUGACUUAAAGAAAUGUUUAUGCUGCUUGAAAGUAUACCGGUUGAGACAAUAAUAUGCAGAAUACAGGAAUAAUGCGUUUUAUUAAAAUGAUGCAUAUUGUUCCAGUAACCUAUCCUCCCCCCCCCCAUGUUUGGGGGGAGGGAACAGUCGCUCCUCACACUGUUGCCACAAUAACACACACACCAACACACACCUACCCUGUAGGAACGAGCAGAGUGACAGUUGCCGUGCCUCUGCUUCUUGUAGAACUAUAACACUAGAAGAAACUAGGAGGUUGCUAAGAUCUUUAAGGCAAGAUCUACUUCACUCACAUGCACACACUUAAAAAAAUCAUUCCGGCCACAAGGAGCCAGAAGGCACAGAGUAACUGCUACCGAUAUAUAGUUUUUGCUACUGAUAUAUUUUGUCACCUGACGCAGACCCCAAAAUUGCACCUCCCCUCCUUGCCAGGAAAGAAGGGGUGCGGGAAGACCUACAUCCAGAAUGAGGGGGGGGCAGAGGAAGAUUGGCACUGGGAUCAGCUGCCCCAGUGAAUCCCUUUGCCUGAGGCAGUCGUCUCAUCUUGCUUCAUGGGUGUUCAAGGUGGAAAUCCUGUGGAACGGGAGGAAACAUUGCAUUGAGAAGCGCUACAGCGAGUUCCAUGCCCUCCAUAAAAGGAUCAAGAAGAGAUGCAGAGUCCCGGACUUCCCACCCAGGCGCGUCCCCAACUGGAUGACGAAAGUCCUGGAGCACCGGCGGCAGGGCCUGGAAGCUUACCUCCAGGGCAUCUUGCUAUGCAAUACGGAGCUUCCCAGGGAGCUUCUGGACUUCCUGAAACUCUGGCAGUUUGAGCAGGAGCACAAGGCCGAUCUCGGCCCUGCUUACCUGCUGUCCCACCGGCCGGUCAUAAGCUUCCGAAGUGAUCCAUGCAUCCUCCCGGCUCCCAUAGACUUGCUUCCCAACGUGAUCCUGAGUGGGGUGCUGCAGGGCUUCUAUGCACCCCGGACGACCCUCUGCCUGCAGUCAACGCUCUUUGCAGCUCUGCCAACCGUCGACUCGGCGUCCUCUCCUUUGCAACCGGCCUAGGGAACGCCCGGAGGAUCGAGUGCAGCUCUGUUCAUUUGUGGAAAAGCAACCGCCGGCUUCCUCCUCGCGUCGUGCGUUGGAAAGAAAAGAGGUUAGGGACAAGGGUGCAGUUGGGAGAGCCACUUCUUGAGGCAGGCAGUGAGAAGGAAAUGCUGUAGGUUGUUUUGUUAGGGUGCUGAGCUCCAGUAGAGUGCAGCUAACAAGGGCAGGGCUUGUUGCCACUUCUGGCAGAGCUGUGGCUCUCAGGCAUUUCCAGGUUACAGCUCUUGUCAGCCCACGUGAGUGAGAAGCAGCUGCAAGUCAGGGAGAUGUGCAUGCCUUCCUCCAAGCUUCAUGGGCUGGAAGCAAAAGCAGCACAACAGCUGCUGGGGGGCAAGUACUGACUCAGGUCAGGUGCUAACAAUGCAAGUGAUGCCACCAGAGUUUAUAUGCACAGUCAACUCUGCAUGGAUCUGGGCCAGUUGACACCUUAAUGCAGGUGUAGCCAACGUGGUGCCCUCCAGCUGCCCACAGUCCCCCAAUUCGCAUCAGCCCCAACCGGCAUGAUCAGGGAUGAUGGGAGAUGUGGUCUAACAACACCCAUCGAGUGUACCAGCUUGGGGAAAGCUGCACUGAUGUGACACAGGUAGCAGAGGCUUUUCAACAGCAUGGCGGGAGACCAGCAGCUCCUCUAAGCUAUCCCAAUAGUUUGGGUUAUUCCUGCUGCAGAAGAGAACUGCUUUCUCGGUGGGGCAGAUGGUCUACUUUAACAAAAAUGGCUAUGCAAUAAAACACUUUCACUAGAAAUAUUGAGUUGUUUUGAAACUGCUGUAAUUUGAGGCAGGGGGAUGGAGGGGAGAAGACAACAGUUUCUGACAUUGCCAGUGGGCUGGUUUGUGGCCAGUGCUUCUUAAACCAUGGUUUACUCUUACACUGAAUCAGUAUGAUAGUGCUUUUUUUGGGGGGGGGAGCUGCGCCAAAUCAUGGUAGAGUUGCAAGAGAAGCUUUGUUCUUGCUGCCCAGUUUGUGUUUGCGAUGGCUUGGGCCUCUCCUUCAUUGAAUAAGCCCCUUUAAACAUACCCACUUUUCAUGGGAUGCUAGGAUUGGAGACAGCUACUUGCCUUUGUGUUCCAAACAGAGGAGAGGUGCAGAGAGCUUUGUGAACGAAUUUGGCAGUGGCUAACAAAAAGAACUUUCCUUGGGGAAGUAGUAAAUUUGCGACAUUCGCUAUCUAGAACACCCCUCUAAAUAAAACGCUGGAAGUUCAUGGUUGGGGUGGGACGACCUAGCUGCAGCUAAGAAAAACCACCACCAGGCAGUACUACAAAAACACAAUGGUCACGUUUAUUGGUCCAUGUGCUUUCUUACAAAAACUGAAUGGGACACCCAUUGCCCACCCCCACCCCUCAAAGCCACUUGGAUGACCAGUGGCUGAUGGAAUGAGUUGUUACAAGAAUGGAGACUCCCCACCCCCCACCCCACCCCACCCCACGUAGCUGGGGGAAGGGCAGACAGAAAGGGAGCAGCAGUGGCGGCAGUUCACCUGCUGUGGGACAAUGAUGAUGCGAGGCUUCCGUGAGUGUGUAGCCCCCUCGCAGCCCUUUGCAAGCCAGAGUCUGACCCUCCAGCGGCCACCCAGUUAUUCUUUGGCAAUGGCAAAUGGCU